CGCAUGCGCAUUCGAGGCAAUUACUGUCAUGGCCCCUUUCAUCGAGGCAUUGUGUUGCAGGAAGAGGAUAAUGAGAACCCCAACAGCAGUACACCAUUACUGAUGGAUAUCAGAUGUUGAAUUCAGGAUGAAUGAGAUGAACCUGAGUCCUGUGGGCAUGGACCAGCUCAGCGUGCCCUCAGUGAGUGCCAGCCACCUUGGUCUGCCAACGUCCCCCACACAUAACCCCAUCCCCACCUCAGGGAUGCCAGUGGCCAUCCCCAGCCUGGGUCCUUCCUUGGGCUCCCUUCCUUCUGCCCUCUCUCUGAUGCUUCCCAUGGGUCCACUGAGUGACAGAGGAGUGAUGUGCGGCCUGCCAGAGAGGAACUACUCCUUGCCGCCCCCUCCAUACCCGCACCUGGAGAGCAGCUACUUCAGACACAUAUUGCCAGGUAUUUUGUCCUAUCUGGCAGACCGUCCACCACCUCAGUACAUUCAUCCCAGCAGCCUAAACAUGGAUGGGACUCUGUCUGUGGCCAGCAACAAUCCCUCAGGUCUGGAUCACUACAGUGGCCCUGGAGGCCCACUGGAGCAGGGCCUGGUACCCAUGGACUCUAGACAGGUCAGCGGCCAGGGAGACCUCCACCAGACUGGUGCUCAUGAGCUGGACUCUACAGGGUUGGCCAUGGAGUCACGUGUCAGCAGCCCCAUGUCUCCUGACCGUAUGGGAGAGGAGUUGGCAAACAUGGAAGGAGUUGGGGUGGUGUCUGUGUCUGACACCCAGCAGCAGCUCGGAGGAGGAAGGCAGCCUCAGCCGCAUGAGGGUCUGACUGGGGUGGACUCAUCUGGUGGGGUGAUGCCCCUGCAUGGACCCCCUGUGCUUGAACUACCGGUGGUGAUGGAGUCGGAUCAUAUGGGGGGCCGAGUGGGCAACGCUGGUGGUGGAGGAGGCGGCGGCGCAGGAGGACUUGGGGAGCAGCUCCAUUCAAAUGGGGAGCUGAACUCAGGGGUGGUGAGUGUUGUGCUCACUGGCUCCAUGACCAGUCAGGGCCAGCUGGAGUCUGUGUCGCUCCACGGACACUCUGGGAUGGGGCUGGAGGCCGUUAAUGUUUCCCCCAUCACUGCGGAGGUGUCGCUGGGUCCAGAAAACAACCUUGUGCUGGUAAACUCCACCCUGCAGCUCGAGGAUUCUGCUGCCAACAAGGAGAACAUGGUCACUGGCUUCACCAUAUGGUGCACACUGUGUGAGCGCUCAUAUACCUCAGACUGCCCAGAGCACGGCCCAGUCACCUUCAUCCUUGACACGCCCAUUCAGAGCCGAGCCCGCCUCUCUCUGCCACGUGCACUGUGCCUGCGCAUCUCAGUGGCUGAUGAACCUUUGGGAGUUUUUGCACGAGACGUUAUUCCUCAAAACUGCUUUGGACCGAUGGUGGGCCAGCACUGUAGCAACGUGGACCUCUCUGAUUGGCCACAAAAGGAAUCGCCACAAGUUUGGAAGAUGUACCACAACAACGUGCUGGAAUUCUACAUUGUCACAACAGAUGAGAAUGAGUGCAACUGGAUGAUGUUUGUGUGCAAAGCCAGGACGCGUGAGGAGCAGAACCUGGUGGCGUACCCUGCCAACGGUAAACUGUUCUUCUGUACAACCAGAGAGAUCCAUCCAGACCAGGAGCUGCUCUUCUACUACAGCAGAGACUACUGCAGGCUGCUAGGUGUUCCUCAGGUACCCGAGGGCCACAUCUGCCAAUGCGGCAAAGAGUGCUCCUCCUUCUCCGAGCUCAAGUCUCAUUUGAGCAGCCAUAACGCCAACCACAGCCAAAACCAACCUCCACACAGCCACAGCCCAUCACAGCAGGACCAUUCUCAACAACAACAACAACAACAACAACAACAACAACAACAACAACAACCACCACAGCAGCAGCAACAAGAGCAGCAACCACAGCAACACACUCACCAGGAAGAGAAGCUGACCAACGGGACGUCCAGCUCCUCCUCGUCCCCAUGGCCCUGUCACGCCCACGCUGCCGGACAAACAAACGGUGAAAACGGCAGCAGCAGGGGCGACGGUAACCGGAACUCUGAUAAUGUUACAUCCAGAGCGAAAGGUCAGGGUCAUGUCCGGGAAAAGAAAUUCAAAUGCAGCAUGUGCUCCCGAGCUUUUACCACUUCCACUAAGCUCAACGUGCACUUCAUGGGGCACGUCGGGAUGAAACCACACAAGUGUGAAUACUGCAGUAAGGCCUUCAGCGAUCCCAGCAACCUCAGGAUGCACCUCAAGAUCCACACAGGUCAGAAGAACUACAGAUGUACGGUUUGCGAGAAGUCCUUUACUCAGAAAGCUCAUGUGGCAUCACAUAUGCUCAUCCACACCAGUGCAGAGAAGCACGAGUGUGACCUCUGUGACCGCGCAUUCAUCAGGAAACACGACCUGAAACAACACAUGUUCUCUCACACACAUGAACGCCGGAUACAGUGCCCAAAGUGCCACAAACAUUUCCUCAAGACCAACCACUUGAAAAAACACAUGAACUCUCACGAGGGCCGCAGAGACUUUGUCUGCGAGAAAUGCCACAAAGCAUUCCUCACCAAAUACCACCUCACCCGUCACCUUAAGAUAUGUAAAGGUCCAAAGGCAGAGAGAGCGUCUCGUAAAGAGCAGGACGAAGAGGAGGAGGAGGAAGAAGAGGAAGAGGAGGAGGAGGAGGAAGAUGAGGAGGAUGGAAGGGGAAGAGGAGGAGAGAGACUUGUUGACUCGAACAGCAAUGAUGAGUGUGGUUUAGAUGUUGGAGGAUAUAACUCUGAAAAGUCCCUGUCACCCCCGCAUUGACAACACCGUGCCUCUUGUGAUGUCGUGUGUAUUUAUUUACUUCAAUAAAAGAUUGACAUUUACCUCCAGGUUCUGCCAAAUCACAGUGACUUUACUCUGACUUCAAAAUGCAUUUUAAAAAAUCCUGUAUAUAACAUGUUUAGUCUCACAUUAUAACUUAUAAUUGCUGCUAAAACAAAUUUUGCAAACCUAUAAAUAUCUGACUGUAUUUCUAUAAAACUUUUUUUUUUCUAUUUAACUCAGGAACUUGUAAUAUUGGUUUCAUAUUACUUAUCUUACAUUUGUUAUUCUUUUAGCUGACUCACUAACAUGGGCUGAAUGACUAAGAUUCAUUUGUAAUUGCAAUAAAAUGUCAGUUAAAAUUUCUGAUGCCAUUUACUAAAAUUUUAGUCCUGAUAUGUGAUCGCUUAUUGCCUCUGCCUAUGUGUUUAUUUAAUUUAUUGAAAGCAGAAUUACAUUCCUUUUCGAGUCAAACUUUCUGUGUGAAUGGAAGCCAGCCACUUGAAAUCAGCAAUGUGGCCACUGAUGUGAUGCUCCUCAUUGUAUGAGUGUUGUUUUACGUUAAUAUGUAUUAGCUUUGUCUGAUCUGUUGCAUAGAACUUUACUAAAUAAACAUUUACAUUUCUUCUA